CUUGUAACCUAAAGUCUAUAUAUGGAACAGAUAACCCUGUUGUUAUAAAGCAAUCCGACGGGAGAUAAGAACCAUAAGAGAAGUCACACUACAUAGUAGUCAUGAUUAUCGUACUGUUAAUGUUGAUUUGCUUAAGUUCAGUGUAUGCAGCCAUAUGGAGACCCAGUGCUACCACUACCUUUCAAUGGCAACUCGAUAGUGGCCACAUAAAUACACAUGUCGAUGCACAUGUAUAUGAUGUGGAUCUGUUUGAUGUGUCUACCAGCACAAUACAUUCGCUUCAAAGUUCUGGAAAGAAAGUAAUAUGCUAUUUUUCUGCCGGGUCAUAUGAAGGUUGGCGAAGUGAUCACAGUGCCUUUCCAAGUGAUGUUAUAGGCCACAAACUUGAUGGUUGGAAUGAGAAAUGGCUUGACAUUAGAGAUGGCAGAGUUAAGAGUAUUAUGUCUGCUAGAUUAAAGAAGGCUCAAGAUAAAGGAUGUGACGGAGUAGAACCUGACAAUGUCGAUGGAUAUACCAAUGAUAAUGGCUUUCACCUUACUGCACAUGAUCAGCUGACUUUCAACAAAUGGCUAGCAACAGAAGCACACAAUCGUGGACUGUCAGUGGGCUUGAAGAAUGAUGUGGACCAGAUCCAGGAGUUACAAUCACAUUUUGAUUGGGCUUUGAACGAAGAGUGUGUUAACAACAAUGAAUGCAAAAAAUACCAACCAUUUAUCGACGCACACAAGGCUGUAUUUCACGUUGAAUAUGUAGACAGUCAUAGUUCUGGUUCAAACAAGAAGAGUUCUGUCUGCCACUCAAGUCGGCGUCCACAUCAAUUUAUAACACUUAUAAAAGAUUGGGAUCUUACAGAUUGGAGAUUGACAUGCUGAUGAUAUUAAA